AUGAAACCGCCACCUCUGCGACAACUACCGAGGUAUCUCCCUGCUGAACAUCGACGGGAAGAUCUUCGCACGCAUCCUCCUCAACCGUCUGAACAAGGUCUUCUGCUGAAAAGCCAGUGCGGCUUACGCCUUUAUCGUGGGACCACGGACAUGAUGCUUGCCGUCCGACGACGGCAGAAAAAGUGCCAGGAGAUGCGGACCCACCUGUACUCUACCUUCAUUGAUCUGACGAAAGUCUCCGAUACGGUGAAUCGCGAAGGACUGUGGAAAAUCAUGCCGAAAUUCGGCUGUCUCCAGCGAUUCAGCCAGAUGGUACGUCAGCUCCACGACGGCAUGUUGGCGCGCAUCACGAACGACGGAGAUGUCUCAGAGACAUUCGCGGUGACCAACGGAGUGAAGCAGGACUGCAUCCUCGCGCUCACCCUCUUCAGUCUUGUGUUGUCUGCCAUGCUGAUGGACACCUACCGUGACAAAUGCCCCGGGAUCCGCAUCGCCUACAGGAUGGACGGCCACCUCCUCUGUCAGCGGUGGAUGCACUUCCAGUCGCGUGUAUCUACAGCCACCGUCUACGAACUUCUCUUCGCCGAUGACUGCGCCCUCAAUGCAACUACUGAAGGAGACAUGCAAAGAACAUGGACCUCUUUUCGCCGCAUGCGAUAA